AUGGACUCGCGGGUAUCGGAGCUGUUCGGCGGCUGCUGCCGGCCCGGAGGGGGCCCGGCCGUGGGCGGAACCCUCAAGGCUAGGGGCGCCGGCGGCAGCAGCAGCUGCGGUGGCCCAAAGGGGAAGAAAAAGAACGGAAGGAACAGAGGGAGCAAAGCCAACAACCCCCCGUACCUGCCCCCCGAGGCUGAAGAUGGAAACAUCGAAUAUAAACUGAAGCUGGUGAAUCCAUCCCAGUAUCGUUUUGAGCACCUGGUGACACAGAUGAAGUGGCGGCUUCAGGAGGGCCGUGGUGAGGCCGUCUACCAGAUUGGGGUAGAGGACAAUGGGCUGCUGGUGGGGCUGGCUGAGGAGGAGAUGCGGGCUUCCCUCAAGACCCUGCACCGGAUGGCAGAGAAAGUCGGGGCAGACAUCACUGUUCUCCGGGAGCGAGAAGUGGACUAUGAUAGUGACACACCCCGGAAGAUCACCGAGGUGCUUGUACGAAAGGUUCCUGACAACCAGCAGUUCCUGGACCUUCGUGUGGCCGUCCUGGGGAAUGUGGACUCAGGAAAGUCAACUCUGCUUGGAGUCCUGACCCAGGGAGAGCUGGACAAUGGGCGGGGCCGGGCUCGGCUCAACCUUUUCCGUCACCUGCAUGAGAUUCAGUCUGGCCGAACCUCCAGCAUCAGCUUCGAGAUCCUGGGCUUUAACAGCAAGGGAGAGGUGGUGAAUUACAGUGACUCACGGACGGCAGAAGAGAUCUGUGAGAGCAGCUCCAAGAUGAUCACCUUCAUCGACCUGGCAGGCCACCACAAAUACCUGCACACCACCAUCUUCGGCCUCACCUCCUACUGCCCCGACUGCGCCCUGCUCCUUGUCAGUGCAAACACCGGGAUCGCUGGCACCACACGGGAACAUCUGGGGCUGGCACUGGCCCUGAAAGUGCCCUUCUUCAUCGUGGUCAGCAAGGUGGACCUGUGUGCCAAGACCACCGUGGAGAGGACAGUACGCCAGCUAGAGCGGGUCCUCAAGCAGCCUGGCUGCCACAAGGUUCCCAUGCUGGUCACCUCCGAGGACGACGCCGUCACUGCCGCUCAGCAGUUUGCCCAGUCCCCCAACAUCACCCCUAUCUUCACACUGUCCAGCGUGUCUGGAGAGAGCCUGGACCUGCUCAAAGUCUUUCUGAAUAUUUUGCCGCCACUCACCAAUAGCAAAGAGCAGGAGGAACUCAUGCAGCAGCUGACGGAGUUCCAGGUGGAUGAAAUCUACACAGUACCAGAGGUGGGCACAGUUGUUGGAGGGACGCUUUCCAGUGGGAUUUGCCGUGAGGGGGACCAGCUGGUGGUGGGCCCCACGGACGACGGCUGCUUCCUGGAGCUCAGAGUUUGCAGCAUCCAACGCAACCGCUCUGCCUGUCGUGUGCUGCGAGCUGGUCAGGCCGCUACGCUGGCCCUCGGGGACUUUGACAGAGCUCUCCUUCGCAAGGGCAUGGUGAUGGUGAGCCCAGAGAUGAACCCCACCAUCUGCUCAGUGUUCGAGGCAGAGAUAGUCCUGCUCUUCCAUGCCACCACCUUCCGGCGAGGCUUCCAGGUGACAGUACACGUGGGCAACGUACGCCAGACAGCAGUGGUGGAGAAGAUCCAUGCCAAGGACAAGCUGCGGACAGGGGAGAAGGCAGUGGUACGUUUCCGCUUCCUGAAACACCCAGAGUACCUGAAGGUGGGCGCCAAGCUGCUGUUCCGGGAGGGUGUCACCAAAGGCAUCGGCCAUGUCACCGAUCUGGCUUCUCUGUGUAAUCAACAUGUCCCACAUCAGAAAAGCCACAGCUGA